GUUCAACUUAAGGAGGUUAAGUUAAAAUGUAGUUUUAUUUAUUUAUAUAAAAUUUUAAUUUUUGUUGCUGUUGUACAAGACAAGAUGGUGAAAAUAUCUAAUGCACGUGUUAAUUUUAAUCCAAAAUUACUGAAAAAGCUUAAAAAGAGGGAAAACUCUGGAGUAGAAGUUCAUACAGCACUUCAACAUUUAGCAAUAUACCCACAUCAACUAAAUAACUUUGGUGAUUCUGUUAAAGGACUGUUGAAUGCCAAAAUAGCUAAAUACAAUAAAACAUUCAAUGGUAUUUUACUUGGCUACAAAAACAUUAAACUACUAAAAGAAGGCGGAGUCAUUCAUGAUGAUUCUUGCUACAUCCAUUUCGACAUCCGAGCUGAUUUCUAUAUUUUCAAACCUGAGAUAGGCAAAAUCAUGGAAGGUGUUGUGAAAAGAAAGAGUAAAGACCAUAUUGGAGCUCUUGUAUAUGAAGCCUUUAAUGUUUCGAUCCCAUUAACAAAUGAUGACGAGGAAGAAGAAUUAGGGAAUACAGUGAAGGUGGGGGAUAACGUUACGUUUCAGCUAACAUAUAUCAAUCUUACUUCAUAUUUGCCAUACAUUCGUGGAAAACUUAUAUCGGAAACAACUGAAACAGAAACAAAUGAAACAGAAAUAAAAGUGAAGAAAAAGAAGAAAUCAAAGACCAAAGAAAAGAAACUUGAAGUUGAAGAAAUGGAAGAUGAGUAAUAUUUAUUUAAGAUACAAUAAGAAAAAUAAACAUUUUAUUGUGAUUGACUUUAUAUACUCUUGCAUUUAUUGUUUGUAUAUGAUCAAUAAGAACAUUCUUUAUAUUAUUUUUUAUGUACGGCCUGUAAAUAAAUUUUGUUUAAUUUU